AUGAAAUCAACCCCACUGGAUCCAAACACUCGUUAGUGUGGAAGAUGCUGUUGGCUGGAAAUGAACCUUUUGGAACAACACGCAAACGUCUUUGCAAACAAUUUAAACGAAUCCUAAUGGAUGAGCGUAUUUUUUUCCACGAGGUAUCAGGUGAAAAAAGGAUGAAAUGAGUUGGACUCUUCGGGACACACGCCGCAGCAGAGAGUUGGAACUGGCAGAUGAUUCGUUCCCCCCCCCUAUGUUCAGCUCAGCAGAUCAGGGAUCAGAUCCAGGCCCGGCUGCUUUUUAUUGAGUUGGACGCGUCUCCGCUGGUGUGCAAGAGGACACAUCUGCGUUCCUCGUCUGUCCCGCGGAACUCUCUGCUUUGGUUCUUGUUUGGAGGCGCGCUGUGCACACUCGGACCGUCGCCGCGGCAACCACUGCAGACAGCGAAGCGAAAGGGGGAAAAAUGGGACGUUACUUAAGAAUCGCAGCGGGCCUCUUCUUGCUCGUGCAGACCUUUCGCCUGGCAUCGCUCCAAGGCUCUACAGACUCUCCGGGGCGGACGAUUGAUAAAAGCUGGCUGCGCAAUAAAAAACCCGGGAGUCAGGCUUACGAAGAGGAAGGAGAUUACAUUUCGGGUAACGUCGCUGAUGGGAUCCCGUCCGGCUCCAUGAUGGUGCCCACGUCUGAGGAGGAGAACGUGUCCGUCCGAGACGCCGUUAAAACGGCUAAUGACAUGACCGACGCCACCGGGCCCCCCACCACUCCCCAACCCGAACAACCAGACGCCACCCAAACCCCGAGCACUCCGGCUUCGGGCGGCGCAAGCGAGACCCAGACGGAGGGAGAAGGUCACAACGCCACGACGGCGACCUCCCCGAUGUCCACGACUCAACCGAGCCAACAAACCACCGCCGUCGCCUCCGAUGGAGCCGAUCUACAGGCGACGACCCCGCCUGCAGGGCCCACGCAAGAGCCCGCCACCAAAUGGGACGAAGCGACGCCGUCGACCGACGCCGGGGAAUCCAACGCCACGAUGAACGCCACGUCGCAAGGGGCCAACGAAACGUCUGCCACGACUCCGGCCACUGACGCGACCCCCGACCCUACGACCCUUUCCCCUACGACCGCCGCUCCUACGACCGCCGCCCCUACGACCCCCGCCCCUACGACCGCCGCUCCUACGACCACCGCUUAUACGACCGCCGAUCCUACGACCGCCGAUCCUACGACCCCCGCCGCUCCCAUCCUGCCCGGGCUCGCGAACAGGACGGGCCUGGAGGGGCCCUCGGGGCCCUCGGGGAGCAGCUCGGGAAGAGAACAAGGUGGCGGGAGCGCGAGGAGAAGAGCGUGGGGAGUCGUCCUGGGGACGGGCGUGGCUGUGGCCAUCGUCGCACUGGUGGCCCUCGUCAUCCUGAGGAAGAGACACCAGAAGGGUUUCUUCCACAGCAAACUGGUCGAGGAUUAUCCAUCGGACCCAGUCCUCAGAUUGGACAACAGCCCCCCUUUGGACCUGGACUUCGGAAUCGGCCGCUCGGCCUACUACAACCCGGCACUCCAAGGGGACAAGAUCCAGAUGGAGAACUUACCAGAGCGCCGCUGACCCCCGAAACCGACUCCCGAGGCCAAAGCCGCGGCCCGGCGGCCCUCGUUGCUCUCGUUGGCGUUCGAUGGACUUUUGUAAACAAGAGUACGGUGGCGUUUGUUGGGACGUGAAGGUCACGGGUCGCAGUAGACUGGAAUAGAGCACUAAAGGCAAAUCCACGCGGCCGUUUGUGUUGCCAAAGGGUAUCGAAUGAAGUUUUUCCUAAUCAAGAAUACGCCUCGCAGUAGAUGAAGAAUGUUACCGAUGUAUAUUUGUAAUGGCUUUUGGUUUCCUUUUAAGUUUACAUAUGCAUAUUCUUUUUGUGAAAUAAUCGGCAUAAUAAUCAGAUCGAACCAGAAUCCCCCCCCUUCUGUAAGGACACAGGCGGGCCCCUGAGCUGAAGACCCAGAAGCCAAAGUGAUCCAAAUCAAACGUAAAUACAUUUCGCAAAACUGGGCGGGAAGUCAAAGGUCAAAGCAGAGACUUUCCAAGUCUCAGCGGCUAUAUCGUCAUAAUCCUAAUAAACCUGCUGCUUAUUCAUUUAAAUACACUGAAUCCAAAUAGAAGAAACACUUUCAUUUGCUUUUAAUUCAGCGAGAUGAAUGUUUGAUUUUUGAUUGAAAACAACGGCGAUGGGCAGGAUCAACUACACGCUUUUGUAAAUAUUUAACAAUUGUCUCAAUUUCUCAAGUUUCUUGCUCCUUCCCGCUACAUAUAAUAAACCCUGUUGAUUCUA